CUGCAUCAUUGCUUUCAAAAAGAGGUUUGGCCUCGAGCCGCUCACCUAUGAACUCUUACGGCCCCUCUUGAGCAAGAGCUGCAUAUUGUGCUGUAUCAUUGUUUACAGAAAAAGGUGUUUGGUAAUAUGUUACCCGAACUUUGGUGCCCCCACUACUUGGCAUGUCAGCUCCUGCUUACCAUGUAGAACAUCGUGUGUGAACUCCGGGGACCUUUCUGAGCAAAAGUGUAAGGAGAAAGUUGGAGGUUUAGGUCUUUCAUAUCAGUAGUGCAACAUGCUUCUUGUAUUAUAAGCUCUCUGGAGAAGGUCAGCGGCCAUGAAAGUUGAUUCCUGACUUGAAUCUGGCACAGGACAGUCAAGUGCACAGUGACUCACUUCAAACAGAAAAAUCCCUGUAAUAACAACUGCUACCUCUGCUAAUCAAAGACCCUGCAAAUUGUUCUGUAAAGUAAAUGCAUGGAAAUGCUUAUUGGUUUAGAUCCCUUGAUAGCACUCUUAUCGCUGUUUUAAAACCUAAUCUUUGGCCUCCAACAACCUAUCUUAGCAAACACUUUCUAGAAGUAAAGAUUAAAGACCAUCAAGCUAUAAAUGUGGUACAACUAUUUUUUGCUUUCACAUGCUGCAUGGAAGAAGUAAGGAGGAAUAGUUGAUUUCUUUUCCUGCCAACAGCCCCAUGACAGUUAUGUGGAGGUACCAGGCAUACACUGGACUUAUUCUUUUUCUUUCUUUCUGGAGUUUGGCAGAAGGUGGGAAGCUCUUGGUUGUGCCUCAGGAUGGAAGUCACUGGCUGAGCAUGCGUGUGGUUCUAGAGAAACUCCAGGAGAGGGGGCACGAAAUCGUUGCAGUGAUUCCUGAAGCCACUUUGCUCAUGAAAAGCUCACAAUCUUUCAGCAUCAAAACAUACCCUGUGCCUUACACACAGGAGUUUUUGGAUAGAUUCUACCAUUCCAUCGGUGAAAGAAGUUUUGAUAACCUUUCUUUCCUAGAAAAAUUUACAGUUUUACUCAGCAAUAUAUCAGAAAUGACCAGCAUAUUCUCUUCUACUUGUCGGCAUCUCUUAUAUGAUGAAGAACUAAUGAAGUACCUCCAUGACAGCAAAUUUGAUGCCAUUAUGGUGGAUCCUGUGUUGCCCUGUGGACCAAUUAUUGCUGACCAUCUCUCUCUCCCUUCAGUGUACUUCAUGCGUGGUCUGCCAUGUACCUUAGACUACAAAGCCACACAGUGUCCCAGUCCUUUAUCUUAUGUGCCAAGGACUUUCAUGUCCAGUUCAGACCGCAUGACCUUUACGGAGCGUGUGAAGAACCUCCUGGUUGGGUUUUCAGAGAAUUUGUUUUGCUAUUAUUUUUAUUUAAAAUAUGAGAACUUAGCUUCUGAGUUUCUUCACAGAGAAGUAACAGUACUGGAACUGUUUAGCAAAGCAUCCAUCUGGCUGAUGAGAUAUGACUUUGUUUUUGAGUAUCCGCGUCCAAUAAUGCCAAAUAUGGUCUAUAUUGGUGGCAUCAACUGUGACCAGAAGAAGCCGUUAUCAAAGGAGACAUGAUUGGACAAAAAUUGGAAACGUGGAACUAACUCUGUGUGUAUAUCCAGACACUUACAUUGUGCAACAAAGAUUGAUAGCGCGGAUGAAUCCCCAAAAUCAGGAAUAUGCAAUCAAAGGUGGUAGAGGGAACUCUUUUGCCUCUGAAUUUGUGUAAGAAGCCAUGUAAGAUAGCAUAUCAGACCAUGAUUGGAAAAAGGACCUGUCGAGCUUGUAACUAUCUACCCUCCCUCCCUAGCUUGUUUAAAUCUCCGUAGAGGGCUGUGCAAAUAGUGCGGAUGUCAGUCAUUUAUUCUGUUUUUCAGACCGCGGUGGUGUUGCAACAGCAGAAACUAUUGCUAAGCUUGCAUCACAUUUACUACAGGGCUUUCACUUUGAUAAUUGCUACAAUAUAAAAACAAAUCUGAAGAUAAACCUUAUCCAACCGCCUGUAUAUCAGAUCUCUGUCAAUCAUUGCUUCUUGUUUAGACUCUGAAAGCGCAAGGUAAUCCAACUUCUGUUUGGAGCUUUGGUUCCAAUCAGCUGAGCAAACUCAAGGCAGGGAGUUCAUCAGUAACUGGAUGUUAAUAAGAUAGUGAUUGCUUCAUCAGGGGUUAUGUCCCAUUCAUAGCUCUGCUCAGCCUUCCAGUGCGACACACUGCCAACUGCUUGAUGCUUCUUCCUCGAGCAUUUGAAUCCUCCAAUGUUAAUUCAAACAUUUAACUUUACUUUGCAGCGCCCCGUUACUUAAA